AUGGAAUCAAGGCGCCAAUCGAAGGAUUCGUUGUCCUACGCCAAUCUCUUCAAUCUUGAGUCUUUGAUGAAGUUCAAAGUUCCCCAACCUGAUGAUGAUUUUGAUUAUUAUGGGAAUAGUAGUCAGGAUGAGAGCAGAGGUAGCCAAGGUGGAGCAAUGGUGAACCAUGGUAAUGGAACUAUGUCUGAGAGGGAAUUGAGUUUGGCGAAGCGAAAGCGGAGGGGGGCUUUGAAUAGUGACGAGGAAGACGAAGAUUAUCAAGGCACUCGUAUUACAGAGGAGCGGUAUCGAUCAAUGCUUGGAGAACACAUACAGAAGUACAAAAGGAGGUUCAAGGAUACCUCUUUGAGUCAGGCGCCUCCUCGAGUGGGUAUUCCAACACCGAAGAGCAAUUUAGGUGGUUCAAAAAUGAGGAAAUUGGGGAAUGAGCAGCGAGCAGGAUUCUAUGAUAUGGAGACCACAUCUGAAUGGAUGAAUGAUGCUAGUCCUCAGAGGCUUGCAAACUAUCACGAAGCAGAUCUUGUACCCAAAAUCAUGUAUGAACCUGCUUAUUUGGAUAUUGGGGAGGGCAUCACUUAUAAGAUCCCUCCAACUUAUGAUAAGCUGGCAGUGUCAUUGAACUUGCCGAGCUUCUCAGAUGUCCGGGUGGAGGAGUUUUACCUAAAGGGUACUUUAGAUUUGGGGUCUUUAGCAGCGAUGAUGGAUAAUGAUAAAAGAUUUGGGCCUCGAAGCCGAGCAUGGAUGGGAGAGCCUCGGCCCCAAUAUGAAUCACUUCAGGCCAGAUUGAAGGCUUUGGCAGCUUCAAACUCAACUCAGAAAUUCACCCUCAAGGUAUCUGAAAGUGCAUUGAAUUCCUCAGUUCCUGAGGGGGCUGCUGGAAAUAUACAACGGUCUAUUUUGUCAGAGGGUGGUGUAUUGCAGGUUUACUAUGUCAAAGUUUUAGAGAAAGGUGACACGUAUGAGAUAAUUGAACGAAGCUUACCAAAGAAACCUAAAGUGAAGAAAGACCCUUCUGUAAUUGAGAGGGAGGAAAUGGAGAAAAUUGGCAAAGUUUGGGUUAACAUUGUCAGAAGGGACAUACCAAAGCAUCAUAGGAUUUUCACUACUUUUCACCGAAAGCAACUAAUUGAUUCAAAGAGGUUUGCAGAAAACUGUCAGAGAGAGGUGAAAAUGAAGGUGAGUAAAUCACUUAAAUUUAUGAGGGGUGCUGCAUUUCGCACAAGGAAAUUGGCUAGAGAUAUGCUGUUGUUUUGGAAGCGGGUCGACAAGGAGAUGGCAGAAGUGAGGAAAAAGGAGGAAAGAGAAGCUGCAGAAGCUUUAAGGCGUGAACAGGAGCUUCGAGAACAAAAGAGGACAGAGCAAAGGCUCAAUUUUCUUAUACAACAAACAGAACUUUAUAGUCACUUUAUGCAGAACAAGGCAAAUUCACAGCCCUCUGAAGCCUUGCCAGCAGCGGAUGAAGACCCAAAUGAUGAUAAAGAAGAAGAAGAUGAUACUGGGCCCAGUGGAGAAGAAGAUCCCGAGGAGGCUGAAUUGAAAAAGGAGGCUCUAAGAGCUGCUCAAGACGCUGUAUCUAAACAGAAAAAGUUGACUAGUGCUUUUGAUACCGAAUGUUUGAAGUUGCGUCAAUCUGCCGAAACUGAGAUGCCUUUAGAAGAUAGUUCAGUUGCAGGGUCUAGCAAUAUAGAUCUGCAUAACCCCUCUACUAUGCCUGUCACCUCAACAGUUCAGACACCGGAGAUGUUUAAAGGUUCCCUCAAGGGAUAUCAGUUAAAGGGCCUUCAGUGGCUUGUUAAUUGUUAUGAGCAGGGAUUAAAUGGUAUACUUGCUGAUGAAAUGGGCUUGGGAAAAACUAUUCAGGCAAUGGCGUUCUUGGCUCAUUUGGCUGAGGAGAAAAAUAUAUGGGGUCCUUUUCUUGUUGUUGCACCUGCUUCUGUCUUGAAUAACUGGGCUGAUGAGAUUAGUCGUUUCUGUCCUGACCUGAAAACUCUUCCAUAUUGGGGUGGACUUCAGGAGCGGAUGAUUCUUAGAAAGAACAUCAACCCAAAGCGCCUUUAUCGAAGGGAGGCUGGAUUUCAUAUUCUAAUUACCAGCUAUCAACUGCUAGUGUCUGAUGAGAAAUAUUUUCGACGUGUGAAAUGGCAAUACAUGGUAUUAGAUGAAGCACAGGCAAUCAAGAGUUCAAGCAGUAUAAGGUGGAAGACACUGCUAAGUUUCAACUGUCGGAACCGCUUGCUUCUGACUGGUACACCUAUCCAGAAUAACAUGGCAGAAUUAUGGGCCCUUCUGCAUUUCAUCAUGCCAACCUUAUUUGACAGCCAUGAACAGUUCAAUGAAUGGUUUUCUAAAGGAAUUGAGAAUCAUGCUGAACAUGGGGGUACUUUGAAUGAGCACCAGCUUAACAGAUUGCAUGCAAUUUUGAAGCCCUUUAUGCUACGACGAGUAAAGAAAGAUGUGAUUUCGGAGUUGACUAGGAAAACAGAGAUCACAGUUCACUGCAAGUUGAGUUCCCGGCAGCAAGCAUUCUAUCAAGCUAUUAAGAAUAAGAUAUCUCUGGCCGAGUUGUUUGAUAGCAAUCGUGGACAUCUUAAUGAAAAGAAAAUUCUGAAUUUGAUGAAUAUUGUUAUUCAGCUGAGAAAGGUGUGUAACCAUCCGGAGUUAUUUGAAAGAAAUGAAGGAAGCACAUACCUCUAUUUUGGAGAGAUUCCAAAUUCUCUUCUGCCUCCUCCGUUUGGGGAGUUGGAGGAUGUACACUAUGCAGGGGGUCAUAAUCCCAUAUCCUACAAGGUACCAAAACUUCUCCAACGAGAGGUUCUACAAAGUUCUGAAACACUAUGCUCAGCUGUUGCUCAUGGAGUUUACCAAGAAUUGUUUUACAAAUACUUUAAUGUAUUCUCCAAAGAAAAUGUUUAUCAAUCUAUUUUUCAACAAGAGAGUAGCUCAAAUGGGUUGUCUGUCAGAAGUGGGACAUUUGGUUUUACACAUUUGAUGAAUUUGUCUCCCACAGAGGUUGCAUUUCUUGGAGCUGGUUCUUUUAUGGAGAGACUCAUGUUUUCUAUUUCAAGAUGGGACGACCAAUUUUUGGAUGGAAUUUUAGACUCCCUAAUGGAGGUAUUGGAUGAUGACUUCAAUUCCAGUUACCUUGAGAGUGAAACAGUCAGAGGUGUUACAAGGAUGUUGUUAAUGCCAUCAAGAUCUGAGACCAAUUCGCUUAGAAGAAGAUUUGCAACAGGUCCUGGUGACAAUCCAUUUGAGGCUUUGGUUGUGUCUCAUCAGGAUAGGCUGCUAUCCAACACUAAACUUCUCCAUUCGACACACACUUUCAUCCCACGAACUAGAGCUCCCCCGAUUUUUUCCCAAUGCUCGGAUAGAAAUUUUGCUUACAGAAUGACUGAAGAACUACAUCACCCUUGGGUUAAGAGGUUGUUGAUUGGGUUUGCUCGUACAUCUGAGUUUAAUGGGCCCAGAAUGCCAGAUGCUCCUCAUAGUUUAAUUCAAGAAAUUGAUUGUGAACUACCUGUGGCACAGCCUGCCCUUCAGCUUACAUAUAAGAUAUUUGGUUCUUGCCCACCCAUUCAAAGUUUUGACCCUGCAAAGUUGCUAACAGAUUCUGGGAAGCUUCAGACUCUUGAUAUAUUGUUGAAACGCCUGCGGGCAGAAAACCACCGUGUUCUCCUGUUUGCACAAAUGACAAAAAUGCUGAAUAUUUUGGAGGACUAUAUGAACUAUAGAAAAUAUAGGUACUUGAGACUUGAUGGGUCUUCCACCAUUAUGGAUCGACGAGACAUGGUCAGAGACUUUCAGCUCCGGAAUGACAUUUUUGUAUUCUUGCUGAGUACCAGAGCUGGUGGACUGGGUAUAAACUUGACAGCCGCAGACACUGUAAUCUUUUAUGAAAGUGAUUGGAAUCCGACCUUGGAUUUGCAAGCCAUGGACAGAGCUCACCGUUUAGGGCAGACAAAGGAUGUUACUGUCUACCGGCUCAUUUGUAAGGAAACGGUUGAGGAGAAGAUUUUGCAGAGAGCAAGUCAGAAAAGUACUGUGCAACAGCUUGUCAUGACAGGUGGCCAUGUUCAGGGAGAUCUCUUGGCUCCUGAGGACGUUGUAUCUUUACUUCUAGAUGAUGCACAGCUGGAGCAGAAAUUAAGAGAAAUUCCACUGCAGGCUAAGGAUAGAAUAAAGAAAAAACAACCAACGAAGGGCAUACGGCUAGAUGCGGAAGGUGAUGCAUCUCUGGAAGACUUAACAAGUACUGGAACUCAGGGUACUGGGGCUGAGCCAUCUGCAGAUCCAGAAAAAGCCAAAUCUAGUAAUAAAAAGAGGAAAAGUGCUUCUGAUAGGCAAACUUCUGCGAAGCAAAGAAAUUCUCAGAAAAUGAGUGAAGCUAGCCCAAUGUACAAUGAUUUGGAUGAUAUCCUUCAAGAUGAUGACUUGCAAUCACAGAGACCCAAGAGACCUAAGAGGCCAAAGAAGAGUGUAAAUGAAAACCUAGAGCCAGCAAUAACUACUGCAUCCGCAUCAGUUUCAGAGCAGGUCCAGUAUCCACCUGGGCACGAGUUUGGUCCUGGUGGUUUUAGGACUGAAAUGGAGCAUAGUAAUAUAUUAACGUGAUAGGUCCCUGAUCUAUUGUUGGAUGGUUGUGGAGGUCAUUUCGAGUAAGAUUGACAGGCGCCCAGUCAUCCUUUUAUUCUGUUCCUGUAUUGACUGAAAAUUGCUGGAACAGGAGGGGUAUAGGACAUGUUGAAUGGCAUAAUAGUAUGUAUAUAUGAUUUUUUUGGGGGGGUGGUAUGGGAGGAAAUUUUUUUAGAUUUUGUGGUAAUUACAUUAGAAAAUUUGGGUAAAUAGAGGUGGGAUAGUAUAUAUUUACAUGCUGUAACCAACCCCAGUCUACUAUCGGUAAAUGUUUGAGGAAUUUACUGAGCAAUGUAAUUUAUGUUGCCAUCACUCAAUUUUUGGUGGGAUCAUGUCAUGUGUUCUUAAAUAAAGACUUGCAUGUGCAUUUUUUUAA